CCCUCAGUCUCUCCUGCAGAGCACAGACAGACAGACAGACCAGUCUGUGUGUGGCCGCAGCAGGGUCAGUCUUGUUAUGCGCCGCGCUGGUAUAAGCUCAGCCUUCGAAAUAUCAUAAGAAAUAUGUGAAACAUGAACGAAGGGAAAUUAGUUUGAUUUUAUAUCUAUAUAAAAAGAUUUUGGAUGCGGGCACAUAGGCCUAUGCUUGCCCUGUGACCAAAAAAAAGGACCAAACAAAAAAAAAAAAAAAAGAGAAAAAAUGUGUAAUGUUGUUGUCAUCGUCACGAGAUGGUGGCUCAUGUGGUUCCUGGUGUCCGUGGCGUGCGUUAUGUGCCUUCUGGGAGCCAACCUCUCACCGUCGUGGCUCAUAAGCCACCCUCCGACGAAGACGACCAAGGCUCCUCUAACGACCACAGCCGAGGAGGAGUUUCAGGCGGGAACGACCUCGGCUUCGGCCCAAAGCGAAGAAUUUGCGUCCUCCCCCAACCCCCCUGGCCAAGAGCAACCUUCCCUGGGGUUAUGGAUAAGGUGUACUCGGAUGGGGAGACAAACAAAGAGCAACCUGCACUGUGGUGUCUAUGCUACGAGCGUCCCUGACCUACCUCCUGCCCAGAUUGUAGCACUGGUUGCAAUUGUGUCUGCUACAGCACUAACAUCACUAUCUUGCAUUGGCAUCUUACUAGCCACAUGCAUUCGCGUAGUUAAGGGAGCCAGCUGGUUCACCAUCAUUGGUGCCUUACAAGCAGUUGCAGGUGUCUUGAGUACUGUGGGAGUGGCUGUUUUCCCACUGGUAUGGGGAUCUGAACGUGUCAAAAAUAUGUGUGGUGAUGGGACUGACAUGUAUCAACUAGAGCACUGUUCUGUAGGUUGGGCUGUGUACAUGACUCUUAUUGCAAGUGUAGGGCUCUUGCUAAGUUGCUGGAUGUCCUCAGUUGCUGCUCACACUACCACCACCGAACAAGUGACCACUGAAGUUGACAAAGGGAAAAAUGUUGUAUGCCUAAUCUAAAUGCAGCAGUUUUACGAACUUACGUAAUCAUAUAUAAAGAAAAUUUAUCUCAUAAAUUUGUAUAUGUCAAUGAAUAUUUUAUUGCAAACCUAUGUACAUUUUACAAUUUACUGAAAUCAUAAAAUUUAGGAAUGCUUCCAAUGCCACAGCCAUAUGAUCAUUGAAUAUGUUCACUAAUUCAAUUAAAAAAUUUACAUACUGGAAUGAGGUUAAUUCACAAUUGAGGCCAGGUUAGCUGUGCUGCCAUGUGGGGACACUUGUUACUUCCAAAUUUGUAUAGAUGUAAGUCAAAGAGCUGGGAACAAUGUACACCAAUACUUUUAAAGAUAAAUAUUUAUUUCACUUAUUUGAAUAAUAGAAGAAUUCAUUAGGUCUUUUUCAUUGGUGCUUUAAGACUGGAUUUGUUCCGCAAAGCAAUUCAUCUUUGUGAGAUUUUUAUAUUACUGCACUAACGAUGCUUUAUUACAGGCUACCAAAGUGAUCUGGUAAACAGUUCUUACAAGAACUUUCAAAAUCUGAUGAGGUCUUAUAAAACAACUUAGUGAGAUCCUAUUCAUGACAAAUCUCGCAAAGCAAUAAAGUCUGUCAAUCACAAAAACUACACCACAGAUACCUAAAUGUCAGUAACAUGGGCAGUACAGUUUUCACCUGGUUUGGACAACCAUUUAGAAUGAAAGGCAGUAGUACUACAUUUUUGUGUUGGCAGUUUAGCUUUAAACAUCUGUUGUGAACUUCCCUUUUACAUUGUUGCUCAUUGAUGUACAAAUUGUUAAACUAAUAAUUCUGCUUCAUGUACAGUAUGCAAAGAAAUCCAUGAACCAUUGUACAGAGUAUGAACAGAUGUUUUCUAUAUAUCCUGGAUUUACACCAUGAAAAAAUUGAGAACAACCGAGUCAAAAGCAAACAUAUACUACUGUAAUUAUUAUUUAAUAAUGGUAACAGUUCAACCAGGAUACUAAGGUAAAAUUCUAAACUCUCACAGAUCUGGUCAGAAGUGCUUAUUCUCAAUGAACAUAAUAAUCUCAUUUCAGAUAUAGCAACUACUUGAAAAAUUAUUAUUAUUGCUCAAUAGAUUGAAAAUAUUGACAAUUUUAACAAAAUUCCUUUUAAUAAUUUGCUUCCAAUCUCAUAUGCAUUGGUGUAUAGUACAGUAGAAUGGAAAAAAUAGAAAUGGGUUAAGACAUUAUCUUUAGGUCACCAUUUUACUAACAAUUAUCUUAUUUGUUUUUGGUGUGCAUUUACUUAUGCUCGGCAGAGAUCAUCAGUUUUCCACAUUAAUAUGCCAUUGCAAUUGAAAGGAAAACUCAGAAUUCCUAACUUGAUUCUCAACAUCUGUUCAAUCUCCAUGUAUUCCCUAAUGUAUACAGGCAGUCCCUGUUUAACGGCAGGGGUUCCGUUCCCGGCUGAUGCUGCUAACCGAAAAUCAGGAUUAACAGCACUAAAUAAUUGCUUAACAGCGCUGUUAACCGGACAUCGGCACCGUUAACCAGAGAUCGGCGCUGCUAACCAAACAUCAGCACAGAAAAUCUAGUUAAAACCAUCGCUAGACAAGCCUCGUAAAACCAGAUUGCUGUUAACCGGCGCUGCUGUUAACUGGGGGCUGCCUGUAGUAUGUUGUUUGAUGAUAUUGUAUCUGGAAUCUAAAUCUACAAGUCUAAAAGUAAAAGAAUAUUUUUCAUUAGUAAGCAGGUAAAGGCAAUCAAGCAAAUAAAAUCGCUACCUAAUAUUGUAAUUAACAGUAUUAUUAGUAUAUAAUAAGUGUGUCUUAUAAGAAAUAUUAUAGCUUUACAACAAAGUUUUUGAAUCAAAUUUGACUCUUGUAUCAAAAUGGAUUGUAUAAGGUCUGUACUUUAAUGCUUACUGAAGUUCAUUGGCCAUGGUCACAAUCAGAUUACUCUCUCCUUUCUAGUUUCUUUUAGUAAGUACUAAACACAACUUUUCACUUAAUCAAAAACCAAAUAUACAAUUUGUAGUUAGUGUUAUCAUUGUUAGUUUUCCAAACAAGUUUGUGAUGUUUCUCUUAGUGUUGAUAUCAUUGUUAAUUCUCCAAACAAGUUUGUAACGUUUCUCUAAUCACAUUUUGCAGUUAAAAUUUAACAGUACCUAGACUGUUAAUUGCAAAAUAUCUGCUAAAAAUUCAAAACUUGAUACCAUUCUUCAAAAUUUAACAGUACCUAGACUGUUAAUUGCAAAAUAUCUGCUAAAAAUUCAAAACUUGAUACCAUUCUUCAAUUAAAUUCCUAUUAUAAAGAGGGAUUCAUUGCACAUUGCAAUUCUCAAUUCUCUGUACAUAAUUACGUACAAAAUAUAAUUUUAAGCUAUC